AUGGAUCAAGACACUGGUGCCCAGGCUCCCAGCCAGGCCCAAUGCCUUGCUCUUAAGCAGGCAGAGAUCCAGCGGCUGAAGACUGUGAAUCAGUCGCUGCAGGAGCAGAUCAGACAAUACCAGCAAAUCUUGGCUGAUCAUGAAUAUGGACCAGCUUUGUCAUAUGCAACCACCUCGGGAGGCCCCUCGUCCAUUCAGCAGUCUCUUCCAUUCACAAACAUGUUCACUGAAUACCAGAUUGGUCCAGCCAAUCCUGCCAAGCGCAAGAAAACAGAUGACUCACCUUCUAUCUCGCCCCCCCUCGCUCCACCUUCGCAGGUUGCGGCUCCUUUACAACUGCACAGCCUUCAGGCCACCAACAACAAAACCAUCACAUCCGAGGGCAAGCACCUUGGUGACAUGUACACAACUGUUUCUAACAAGCCAAGUCUUGAGUUCAACAGAAAUCAGAUGACUGGUGCGGGCCAAAAGUCAAGUGGCACUCUGUCUACAGCACCUUCUACCAAAACCAAGAAUUGCCAAAUCGAGGGCCCCGUUUCCAAGCGUCAUCCUUCUUUCAACAACGAGGAAAAUACAGGAACGUUUCACACAGCUCAUACUUCACCUACCAUUACCACUGGAAACACCCAGGUUAAUACUGAUAUGGGUGCAACCCUGAAGCCCACCAACCCAGUCGAGCAGGAGUCUGGUGGAGGUAGUGUCGCCGCUCUUAGAACGUCUGCCAAUGCGAACACUCUCCGCCAGCCUCAAGCUGCGCCCAACCAGUCGACCUUCCCCAAUAACUAUCCUAUGAUGCCAUCUCUCAGUAACCAGGGAGCGCAGAACGGUGCAACCAUGCGUGCUUCUGCCCUCAUUAAAGAGAUUCUCUCUCAACAAGGUCAGACUCAGUCUAACGGCCAAGGAGGAGUCCAACCAACGGCCGUCCACAAGCCAGCCCCCUUUCCUGGCUCCUGGUGCCAAACCAGCGGACUCCCAGCCCCUACUGUCGACUGUCAGAACAUUGCACGGGUCUGGGCUGGCAACCGUACCCUCGGAACUGGCGGUAUCACUACCGCGACGGCAAUGUCUGUCACCAAAGAUCAGGAGGCCAUGCAGCCCCCUUCGUUCACCGGACAUGGGGCGAUGCCCUCAACUUACACCACUGUCAAUGCUCCAGCAGCCAAUCCUCAAGUCACCGGCAUUCAACGGGGUCCUACCUCACAGCCUCCCGCCUCCCGCUUCCUGCACAACACCGAAACCUAUGUCACCACUUCCCAGAUGGCUAAGAAGACCAAGCGCAAGAAGAGCGGCCGUCCCAACCGCGCCUGGGUCUUUGCCUACACUUUCCCUUCCAGCGAGUGCGCGCUGUACAUCCUGGUCUGCCCCUCUCACGGUUGCGAUGUCCUACACAAGCACCCUCUGCUACACAAUCGGGGCCUCGAGCACAUUCGUGGCCACGGCGUUAUCGUUGCGGACGUGGAGGAGAUGGUGCGCCAAUAUGGCUGUCAAGUGAUCAACGAGAAGCAUCCCCUCACCAUUGAGUGGGCUCGUCAGUGGAACGAGGACAUCCUACAAGACAGCGGCGAGAUGCAUCUGCAGCACGAGAACUUUCAGAUCAUCUACCCGACGAAGAAAGCCAAAUAG